UGCAAUGUCUUAUAACUUUGAUGUAUCCUCCCCUUCUUCAAAUGAUCUAUUAUAAAUAUAUCUUGAAGAUGAAAAUGCUCUUCCACAGUUUCUCAGUCAGUUUCAUAUUCAGAUGCAUCAGAGUUCUCAUAAACAGAUCUAUCAGUCUUUUGGAUUAAAAUUCGACGACAUUACUGGGGUUUUGUUUUUGUUUCUUUCCUUAUUUUCUUGUUUCUUCAUCUUUAAUUAGGUUGUAUGUAAAAUCAAUAUCAUAAAAGAAAGAAAAAAAAUGUCAAGAAAGCCAUGUUGUGUGGGAGAAGGGCUGAAGAAAGGAGCAUGGACCGCCGAAGAAGACAAGAAACUCAUCUCUUACAUUCAUGAGCACGGUGAAGGAGGCUGGCGUGAUAUUCCCCAAAAAGCUGGACUCAAACGAUGUGGAAAGAGUUGUAGACUGCGAUGGGCUAACUAUUUGAAACCUGAUAUCAAGAGAGGAGAGUUUAGCUACGAGGAGGAACAGAUUAUCAUCAUGCUUCACGCUUCUCGCGGCAACAAGUGGUCGGUCAUAGCAAGACAUUUACCCAAAAGAACGGACAACGAGAUCAAGAACUAUUGGAACACGCAUCUUAAAAAACGUCUGGUCGAUCAGGGAAUCGAUCCCGUCACCCACAAGCCACUUGCCUCUAACCCUAAUCCAGGCACGCCCAAGACUUCUGAUCCCAACGAUGAUGAACAAUCGCAAUCAGGUUCGAUGUCUCCAAAGUCUCUUCCUCCUUCUUCAAACUCCUACAAUCUACAAGAGACAAGCAGCAGUGAUGAGACACCGAGACACGGUGCUUCCUUGACCUCCAAGAAACACUUGUUUAAGAGGUAUUCUACAUCAAAAGUGUUAAACAAAGUUGCAGCUAGGGCUGCUUCCAUUGGAAAUAUUUUAUCAGCCUCCAUGGAAGGAACCUUGAUCAGCUCUACAUCCUUGUCUCCUCCAUGUCUCAAUGAUGACUUUUCCGAUACUAGUCAACUUCAGAUGGACGAGUAUGAUCCAUUCUCUCAGCCAUCCGAACACAUAAUUCCCGAUGAUAUCAGCAUGAACACGGAACUCAACAAUUCCGCAUACGAUUUCUCGCAGUUUAUUGAGCAGUUCGGUAACAACGAAGGCGACAACAUUCAAGAUCUGCUUAUGUCUGAUGUCUCAUCACCAAGCGUUGAUGAAUGCGAUAUUAUGCAAAACAUAACCGAUUGGUCAAAUUAUCUUGUUGAAGAUUCCGAUUUUAAUCAUGAAACGAACCAAGAUUGCGACGACAGGAACUUCAUAUAAUCCAUUGAUUGCUUACCGGAACAGAGUUCACCAGUACUUUGAUGGUUCUCGUAGAUAUUUGUCAAGUUAUUGUCAGGUUCACAGUAGAAGUUGCUAUAUUCAAUAAAAGAUUCUCGCAUCUGAGAAACUUGUGAUCCCGUGGAUCAUUUAGUAUUUGAUUUUCGGGAGACGCGAGUUUUUUUUUUUUAAUAUACAUAUAGUAACUUUUUCUUUUUUCUUUUAA